AUGGAAGAGGCUCCCGGGAAACCCCUCAGUUGUGAGGACAAGGAAAAGUUGAAGGAAAAAUUAGCAUACUUAAAAAGGGAAUACAGCAAGACUCUGGCCCGCCUUCAGCGUGCCCAAAGAGCUGAGAAGGUUAAGAAUUUUAUUAAGAAAACAGUGAAAGAACAAGCUUGUUUACUCCAACCAGAAGUUUCACCACAGCUAAACCAUUCAGAACCUAAAACUCCUGUAUCUUCUUGUGAUGCAUUACAAAUCAACACCUGUCUUGAUGAAGAAACUGGAGCUGUUGAGCCUCAGACCCUUAACCCUGGACAUGGCCCAGUGGAAGGAUUAGACAUGCAGAGAAAAGAUGAUAUCCAGGAAUAUUUUGCCUACAGGGUCAGUGGCCCUGAUGAUAAGAAAAAGCAGAGUAAGCUGCCAGGGAGAAAAAAGAAGCAGCAGAAGAGAAUAUUUAUUUCACAAGAGAAAGACUCUUUCUUUGACACCAAUUCACUUAUCCUCUCUGAAAAAAGACUAAACAAACAAAAAGAAAUCAAUAGUGAAAAUCCUGGGACACCUGUAACUAAAACAAGAACCAAGUUUUCAAGUCCUCAGUCUGACAUUCCAGAUUCUCGAGCACCAGUUACAGAAACUAAUGGAGGGAGUGUAUUAAUUCCAUUAAAUACCAAGCCACAAAGCAGUGUGGAUGCUGUCUUAGGAGAAAACAGUUUUCCUGGGGUGCCCCCUCCUCCUUUUUAUACUCCAUCAGAUAACAGCAGUGGUCCGCACCUUCAAUAUAAGCUUCCUAAAAGGAACUGUGAAAUUAUUGCUCACGGUUUAAAAAGCAUUAGCCUUACCGCACCUAUAAACUUAGAGGCACACGACAAAAACACGACUGUCUUUAGAGGAAGCCCAGAGGUAAAAAAAGCUGUAAGUGCAAGUGGCCAGCAGCCUGGAAGUCUCGAGUUAGAGACAGAUAAUGCAUGUUCUGUAAAUGAACUCACUUACAACUUACCAGCAAAUGAAAACCAAAAUUUAAAAGAACAGAAUCACACAGAGGAGUCUUUAGAAUCUUCCAGUAAUGCCCUUGAUAAACAAAAUCACACAGGGGAGUCUUUAGAAUCUUCCAGUAGUGCCCUUGAUAAUAGAAGUGAAAGUCUUCAGGAAAAUGAGGUUCUGAGUCAGUCUAAGAGUCUUGGCCCAAAAGUAGUCGCUUCUGUUUCUGCAGAAAAUCAAACACAUUCUUGCACUGUGCUAGAAGACCUUCUUUUUCCUGCUGAAUAUUAUGUUAGAACAACACGACGUAUGUCAAAUUGCCAGAGGAAAGUAGCCCCAGAGGCUGUAAUUCAAACUCACUUCGAUGUCAGAAAGAAAAGAGUUAAAAAUAAGGAAGCUGCUAAAAUUUUAAACCUUUCCAAUGAAGAAACUAACCAAAAUAUGAUUAAGGUGUAUGGCACAUGCACAGGACAAACAAGUUCAAGAAGUCCUUUUCAGAGACUUCUCUCAUUAACUGAAGUCAGCUCUCCCACUGGGCCCACUAAAGAUGACUUUUCUAGGAAGGUGGUGACCCAGCAAUCCAGUAGAAGACGCAGAGGAAAAAGAAGGUCAAUCUGCAACCCUACAUCAUAUCAUCAACUACUCACUUCUGGCAUAUCAGGUGUUAACAGGUCCAAGGAAGAAGUCACCUUGCACAAAGAUCAGAAUGAAAAAGCAAUUAUUCAUGGGAAAGAAGGUCACUGCCAAAAAGAGGACUACUUUUCUUCCAGUAAUAAUGCUUAUUUAGCUUUGGGCAGUGAUGCUUUCAGUGCCCCAUCUCAUAAGAAUGAAAUGUUAAGUUUAAAGCAACUGUCAUCUUUUCUCAAAAUCACAGACUUUCAGUUACCUGAUGAAGAAUUUGGACCUCUUAAGCUUGAAAAACUGAAGUCCUACUCAGAAAAGCCAAUUGAGCCUUUUGGAUCAAAAGUAUAUGGAGAUAGGCAUCUUAAAGAGGGAAAAUGUAUUGUUUUGGAAGAACUGACUCCUAAACAAACCAACAUAGAAAUGGAGGACUUGGGAGAGGAACUGAUUGUUCUACCAGGAAAAGCACAUCCUAAAAUACCAAAUCUAAAAAGCCAGGCUCAGCAGAAGGGCCUUUCCUCAUCGAUAUUACUUUUCACUCCUUUAAAUACUAUUACUCCUGAGGAUAAUGACAAAGUGACAUCAGAUGUGUGUUCACCUGCCUUCCCCAUCAUCGGCACUACUCCAGCCCUUGGUCCCCAAGCAUGCAAAGUGUCCGUAGAAGUUACCGGACUAAGUUGCUCUUCACCCCAGCUUUCUCAUGGGAAAACCAGUGAGAGUCAUCAAUGUGACAGUUGCACCAGCCCACCAAAAUUUGAUGGCAUCCUCCAUGUGUCAGGAAGGAAGGGACAGCUUGACUAUGACUGUGAUUCUGAUCCCCAAGCAACACCUCUCCCCACUGAGUCAUUCACUUUCAAAGAAGAUCAGCUCUGUGGAAAUACAUCCCUAGAAUCAUGGAAACAUUCCAUUGAACAGACUGAAAUAACAGAUGUUCCUGCUUGUGACAGCUUAAACCCAGGCAACCUACAAUUGGUUUCAAAACUUAAGAAUCCCUCAGGUUCCUGUCCCGUGGAUGUGAGUGCCAUGUGGUGGGAGAUAGCUGGUAUCAAAGAGCCAUGUAUCGUAACUGCUUGUGAAUAUGCAGUUUCUCUUUGGAAACCUCUGGAUAUUUGGCAGUGGGAAAAAAUGUAUUCCUGGCACUUCACAGAGUUUCCAGUAUUACAGAUAGUUCCUGUGCCUGAUGUUUGUAAUCUGGUGUGUGUGGCUUUGGGAAAUUUGGAAAUCAGAGAAAUCAGAGCAUUACUUUGUUUCUCUGAUGGUAGAAGUGAAAAGCAAGUGCUCCUGACUUCUGGAAAUAUACAAGCUGUGCUUGGCCUGACAAAGAGGAGGCUAGUCAGUAGCAUUAGGACCCUUUGUGAUCAACAAAUAGAGAUUGUGACAAUUGCUGAAGAUGGAGGGAGCAAAGAAAAACAGUUUUUGAUGCCCCUCGAGGAGACUGUACAAACUUUUGCUGAAGUUCAAGGGAUGCAGGAAGCUCUGCUUGGUACCACUAUAAUGAACAACAUUGUUAUUUGGAAUUUAAAAACUGGUCAGCUCCUGAAAAAGAUGCACAUUGGUGAUUCCUACCAAGCUUCCAUCUGUCACAAAGCUUAUUCUGAAAUGGGGCUCCUUUUUGUUCUUUUGAGUCAUCCGUGUGCCAAAAAGGAGGAGCCAUCGGGAAGCCCUGUGUUCCAGCUUAUUGUGAUCAACCCCAAGACGGCCCUGAGCAUGGGUGUGAUGCUCUACUGUCUCCCUCAAGGACAGGCUGGGAGGUUCCUGGAAGGUGACGUGAAGGAUAAUUUUGCAGCAGCAGUAUUGACUUCUGGAACGAUUGCCAUUUGGGACUUAUUUCUAGGUCAUUGCACAGCUCUUCUUCCACCUGUCUCUAACCAGACCUGGUCUUUUGUUAAAUGGUCAGGUACAGAUUCUCAUUUGCUGGCUGGACAAAAAGAUGGAAACAUAUUUGUGUAUCUAAUAAGUUAG